GAUGUAGUGACAGAAAUCAAUCAAUAUCCGCCGGAAAUACGGACUGAUUGAUCGAACCGAGAGUCAACCGAUGUAAAUUAAUGAUUGCAGUUUAAUUCGGUGGUCCGGGGGUGGGGGGGGCGGCGAAGCUCCCUUGGCCAGGCUUUGAGUCAUGGCUGAACAUACAGGGACAAAUUUGCCCGAAGGUUCAGGCGGCUUGGAGGUUGAAGAGGGGAAGCCUGAUACGGUAGGAGAGUCAGAAGUGCGCAUUCCACAGAAGCUGUCAGAAGAAGAAUGGAGAGAAAUGCUCAGAAAGGCUUUGGCAGAGGUGGAAGCAGGGAUAUCAAUACGUCAGAUUGCUAAAAAAUAUUCAAUAGGCCGUAACACUAUAAGAAAAUACUUACAAAUGGGCCUGGAUAAAAGUCCACAAAAGGGUGUGCCAUGGCUGUCUGCUGAUGUAGAAAGGGAUAUAGUAGACUGGUGCCUUGAAAUGGCUAGGAUUGGCCAUCCUCAGACCAAACAGAGUCUGCCAUUGGUAGUCCAGCAUAUUCUUAAUCAAAAUAAGAAGAAAAUUUUCCAAAAUGAAAAUCUACCAUCUCAUGGAUGGAUAAACAGGUUCCUGAAGCGUCACCCUGAGGUGUCCAACUGGAUACCAGAAAAUCUUGGUCACUUGAGGGCUUCCAUAACUCCAAAUAAGAUCUUCACCUUUUUUCAAAACUUGGAAGCCUUUUUAAUGGAUGAGGGCCUAAAUGCAAAUGAAUUUUUAAGCCCAGACAAUGCAUCGCGAGUUUUCACCUGCAAUAAGACAGGUAUUGUCAUCGGCGCACAAGACGAGACUUCCAAGGUUUGGGAUAAAAAGGGUACUGUGGCUUCUUGGAAAGUGUCAGGAAUGGGGAAGCCCAUGAUGACUGUCCUGUGCUGUGCUUCAGCUGAUGGAAGUCUCAUGAGGCCUUUUAUAGUUAAUAAAGGGAAAAAUCCGUCUGUAUAUAUGAAUCACCAGGAUUUGGAGGCAGAUUCUUACCGUAGAGGAUGCUCUGAUUCUGGGUUGAUGACACCAGCCCUGUUUCAUGACUGGCUGGGUAACAUUUUUGAAGAUGAGCUUGUGAAUAAGGAUAUUAGAAGACCUGUUCUUUUAAUUUUGGAUGGUUUCUUAAGCCACUUAAAUUUGGAAACUCUAAGAUAUGCCCGUGAUAAGAAAAUCCUUAUGUACUACCUUCCUCCCUACUCCUCCCAUGUAAUGCAGCCACUUGAUGUGUCUGUAUUUAAGCCACUCAAGGCAGAGUACAGAAGGGUAUACAACAAAGUCUGGGGGGAACUUUCAGCUGUGGACAUGCCAAGAAAACAUUUCCCAUAUGUAUUAACGAUGGCCAUGAGAGAAGGUAAUAUGAGUGAAAAUAUAAUAAGUGGAUUCCGGUCGACAGGUUUGGUCCCUUUCAACCCCAAUGCCAUCAACACCUCCGGGUUUGUUACGGCAAUAAAACAAGAGGAUGCUUCUGCUGUCCAACUUCCAGAGACCUCUACAGUUACAUCAGUAGUAGCAACCUCAUCUUACGAGGUAAUCAGAAAGGCUUUGGCAGAGGUGGAAGCAGGGAUACCAAUACGUCAGACUGCUAAAAAAUAUUCAAUAGGCCGUAACACUAUAAGAAAAUACUUACAAAUGGGCCUGGAUAAGAGCCCACAAAAGGGUGUGCCAUGGCUGUCUGCUGAUGUAGAAAGGGACAUAGUAGACUGGUGCCUUGAAAUGGCUAGGAUUGGCCAUCCUCAGACCAAACAGAGUCUGCCAUUGGUAGUCCAGCAUAUUCUUAAUCAAAAGAAGAAGAAAAUUUUCCAAAAUAAAAAUAUACCGACUCAUGGAUGGAUGAACAGAUUUCUGAAGCGACACCCUGAGGUGUCCAACCAAUUACCGGAAAAUCUAGGUCAGUUGAAGGGUACCUUAACCUCAAAAACAAUCUCCACAUUUUUCCAAAAUUUGGAAGCCUUUUUAGUGGCUGAGGGCCUAAAUGCAAAUGAAUUUUUAAGCCCAGACAAUGCAUCACGAGUUUUCACCUGCAAUGAGACAGGUAUUGUCAUCAGCGCACAAGACGAGACUUCCGAGGUUUGUGAUAAGAAGGGUACACGGGCUGCUUUUAAAGUGUCAGGAAUGGAGAAGAAAAUGUUGACUGUCCUGUGCUCUGCUUCAGCUGAUGGAAGUCUCAUGAGGCCUUUUAUAGUUAAUAAAGGGAAAAAUCCGUCUGUAUAUGUGAAGCACCAGGAUUUGGAAGCAGAUUCUUACCGUAGAGGGUGCUCUGAUUCUGGGUUGAUGACACCAGCCCUGUUUCAUGACUGGCUGGGUAACAUUUUUGAAGAUGAGCUUGUGAAAAAGGAUAUUAGAAGACCUGUUCUUUUAAUUUUAGAUGGUUUCUUAAGCCACUUAAAUUGGUACACUCUAAGAUUUGCCCGUGAUAAGAAAAUCCUUAUGUACUACCUUCCUCCCUACUCCUCCCAUGUAAUGCAGCCACUUGAUGUGUCUGUAUUUAAACCACUCAAGGCAGAGUACAGAAGGGUAUACAACAAAGUCUGGGGGGAACUUUCAGCCGUGGACAUGCCAAGAAAACAUUUCCCAUAUGUAUUAAUGAUGGCCAUGAGAGAAGGUAAUAUGAGUGAAAAUAUAAUAAGUGGAUUCCGGUCGACAGGUUUGGUCCCUUUCAACCCCAAUGCCAUCGACACCUCCAGGUUUGUUACGGCAGAAAAAGAAGAGGAGGCUUCUGCUGUCCAACUUCCGGAGACCUCUACAGUUACAUCAGUAGUAGAACCCACAUCUUACCCAUCUUACGAGGAAAUCUUCAACCAAGGUUUUAUCAUGGGACAAAGAGCACAGCUGAAGCGUUUAGAGGCUGUGCUCCCACCGGAUGAAUUAGCCCUUUACAAAAGCAGGAAGACUGAUGUAGGUUGGGUUCCUUCCCCAAGCAUGUCUUACAUGCUAUGGAGGCAACUUGAGAUGAUUAAGCCGUGUCCUGCUGAGAGGAAUCCAUAUGCUGGGGAAACUCGGCCUCUGGCAGAUGCUAGUGAAAUUGCACCUUUCCCACAAGCAAUUCCCUCUAAAAGUGGGCGUCAGUACCAACUUAGUAGUAGUGACAUCUCUUUACUUGGCACAUCUGGGAUUCCCUCUGCAACAACACCUCCAGGAAUUGCUGAGCGAACAUCAGACUCUAAAAGAUACUUGAAGAUGAAAGAAAGGAAGGAAAGGCUAUUUGAAGAGAAAAAGGAGCAGCGUAAGAAGGAAAUAGAAGCAAAAAAAGCUGGGAAAAAGAAGCAAAGCGAAGGGAAGGGGAAAGGCAAGAACACUGCCAAACCGCAAAUGCUAGAUGAAGACAAUGAUUGAGGGAUUUCAGUGGUGUUGAGGAACUGAGGCUUUGAGUCAUGGCUGAACAUACAGGGACAAAUUUGCCCGAAGGUUCAGGAGGCUUGGAGGUUGAAGAGGGGAAGCCUGAUACGGUAGGAGAGUCAGAGAGUAUUCGAAACAGAGGAAAAUUUCAUCAGGGCUUAACUGCAAUUGAGUAGUGUAAAUGAAACAUCCUGUGGAAAUGCUGUUAAUCAAAGAAGAGAAAGAGAAUUUGGAGGAGGAUCUUACUGGAAAUGCAGAUGAUGGAAGGCUCUUAUUUGCAGACCCCUUAUUAGAAGUCAUGGCAGAACCAGAAUCUUUUGGCCAUAGUGAAUCUGAUGUGAACUGUUCAUUCCGAUCUAUUAAGUAUGAGGAAGAGGACAGCAGCUCUCCAAGCUCUGAUGAUCAAAGUGGGCAGAAGAUCUAUAUUGCAGAAGAAAAUAGACAUUUGGGUAGGACAGAAAUAUUUUCAAAAAGAAAACACAGCAGGGAAGCAAAUACCGUGCUGAGUGACAAAGGACUUUUUCACUGAAAUGAUCUCAAAACACAUGAGAACUCAUACGGGAGAGAAACCAUAUAUAGUACUUGCUCUGCAUGUCAAAGAAGUCUUUCUAAUCAAAGUCAUCUCAAAAUGUUCUUUAAUAUUCUAGGCAAAGUCAUGUGACUGUUUUAGCGUAUUAUUCUGUUUUAAGCUAACCAAUCAGUGUGUUGAGCCAGAACUUGCUUUGUAAGUGACUAAAGUACUGUAUUCUGUUUUAGGCUAAUCAGUCAGAAGUGUUGAGCAAGGAGUUGCUUUGUAAAUGACUAAACUACUGUAUUACUGUAUUCUAUUUUAAGCUAAACGGACAGAGGUGAUGUGGCAGGACGUGCUUUGUAAGAGAAUGAAGUAUUGUAUUACUGUAUUCUGUUUUAAGCCAAUCUCCCAGAAGUGUUGAGGUAGAACUUACUUUGUAAAUGAAUAAAGUGCUGUAUUAUUG